AUGCCACCCAAGAGAAGCAAGAACCAGCUUCGUAGAGAACGGGUGAAGCUCCGAAAGCUAGAAGCUGACAAGAAAGAAGAUACAUUGGAGAGCACUGAAAUACAAAAGCCAGACAAAGUAAAAGAUUCAGAAACGACAAAUAAUGACAAUAAAGAACAUAGAAAUGACAAAGCUCACGACAUAGAUACCGCUGAAGAGCAGAAAGAUUCAGUCGAAAAGUCUGUUGAGAAUCUUGAAGAUUUUAUAGCGAUUGCCAAAGAUUCUUUUCAAUCUGUUCCGGUUAAUACUUCAAUAGAUGAGUCUCUUUAUCAGCAGUUCCAGGGAGUGUUCAGUAAGUUUCAAGGAGCUACUGUUGCUGAAGAAGAAGUAGAAUCUGUUCCAGAAUCCAAAGGUGAUGUUCUCUAUAAUAGUGGGUCUGAUGAAGAGUCAGAAUUGGAGUCCCUGGAUUCUGAAGAAGAGGAAGAGCUUUCUAAACGACAACUUCGUAAACGUAACAAAGUGCCAUUGGCCUCGCUCAAGGCAUCAACUAUACGGCCACAACUCGUUGAAUGGUAUGAUGUAGAUGCUCUGGACCCGUUCUUCCUCGUAGCAUUAAAGACGAGCCCCAAUGCGGUUCAGGUACCGAGCCACUGGUCAGCAAAGAGAGAGUAUCUUUCAUCGAAGAAAGGAAUAGAACGAUUACCGUUUCAGUUGCCAAAAUUUAUCACCGAUACAGGUAUUCAAGAUAUGAGACAUAGUGAUGAUCAAACGUUGAGGCAACAGCAAAGAGACAGAGUACAGCCCAAGAUGGGUCGAUUGGAUAUCGAUUACCAGCGCCUUCAUGAUGCUUUUUUUAAAUAUCAGGAAAAGCCACGAUUGCUUGGUUUUGGAGAUGUAUACUUUGAAGGUAGAGAAGCAGCUGAUGAAUAUAGCAAUGAUCUCUCUAGCAUAAGACCUGGCAAGGUGUCAUCUGAGCUACGUAAAGCUUUAGGUAUUCCUGAAGGUGCACCUCCUUGGAUUUCCAUUAUGAAGGAUAUAGGUAAGCCUCCUGCCUAUUCCAGUCUAGCAAUACCUGGAUUAGAUACUUCAUACGAUAAUGACGGCUACAGAGAUAGUAAAUCUGUGAACACUAGUAAAUUGCACGAAACAGAACAUUGGGGGAAGCUAGAGGACUACGAAGAAUCUGAAGAAGAAGAAGUGGAUGGUGAAGAGGAAGAUGAAGAGCUGGAUGCUGACGAUGACGAAAUGAUUGCAUAUGAACAGGAAGAGGAACAAGCUGAUGAUGAACCUGUGAAGGUGCAGAUUUCAGAAUAUGGUGGAAUAAAGUCAAGACCACACAAGCCUGUUGAUGAAAGCAAUGAACACAAGUCGCUUUACACUGUAAUCAAAGAGAAACAACCUCUGGAAGGAGCUGGUCUAUUACAGAGUGGCUUUUCCUACGACCUCUCCAAAGAUUCACAAGUUGAUGAGACACCUGUUAAACAGGAUACGAAGGUUGAAACUCUUGAACCUAAGAAGAAGUUCAAGUUCUAG